AUGCUUCACAGAAUGUGGGGUGAUGUGACACAGAGGACGUGGGGUGAUGUGUCACGGAGGACGUGGGGUGAUGUGUCACGGAGGACGUGGGGUGAUGUGUCACGGAGGACGUGGGGUGAUGUGUCUCGGAGGACGUGGGGGGAUGUGUCGCGGAGGACGUGGGGUGAUGUGUCGCGGAGGGCGUGGGGUGAUGUGUCACGGAGGACGUGGGGUGAUGUGUCACGGAGGACGUGGGGUGACGUGUCACGGAGGACGUGGGGUGAUGUGACACGGAGGACGUGGGGUGAUGUGUCACGGUGGGGUGAUGUGUCGAGGAGGACGUGGGGGGAUGUGUCGCGGAGGACGUGGGGUGAUGUGUCGCGGAGGACGUGGGGUGAUGUGUCACAGAGGACGUGGGGUGAUGUGUCACGGAGGACGUGGGGUGAUGUGUCACGGAGGACGUGGGGUGAUGUGUCACGGAGGACGUGGGGUGAUGUGUCACGGAGGACGUGGGAUGAUGUGUCACGGAGGACGGGGGGUGAUGUGUCACAGAGGACAUGGGGUGAUGUGUCACGGUGGGGUGAUGUGUCAAGGAGGACGUGGGGUGAUGUGUCACGGAGGACGUGGGGUGAUGUGUCACGGAGGACGUGGGGUGAUGUGUCACGGAGGACGCGAGGUGAUGUGUCACGGAAGACGUGGGGUGAUGUGUCACGGAGGACGUGGGGUGAUGUGACACGGAGGACGUGGGGUGAUGUGUCACGGAAGACGUGGGGUGAUGUGUCACGGAGGACGUGGGGUGAUGUGUCACGGUGGGGUGAUGUGUCACGGAGGACGUGGGGUGAUGUGUCACGGAAGACGUGGGGUGAUGUGUCACGGAAGACGUGGGGUGAUGUGUCACGGAGGACGUGGGGUGAUGUGACACAGAGGACAUGGGGUGAUGUGUCACGGAGGACGUGGGGUGAUGUGUCACGGAAGACGUGGGGUGAUGUGUCACGGAGGACGUGGGGUGAUGUGUCACGGAGGACGUGGGGGGAUGUAAAGGAGCUGCGCCUGUCUUGUAUUCUGUGAGGAGGAAGAUGCACUAUUACCCAGAAGUUAUUCAGUGAUGCAGGAGACACUUGAAAGAGGUGGAAGGAGCAUAUCCAACUCACAUUUCAGUUGUCCACUCAAAGCCGACUAAUCCAGAGAAUACAGUAACACAUCUA